AUGACGGAUUUUACCAUUGACUAUAUUUUAAAUCGGGCCGGAGCAAAAUACGUGGGAACCAAUUUCUGCAUGGGGCUUUCGGAUAGGAUUAAACUCAAAACUGAAUCUCCAGAAAAAUGCGAUCAUUUUCCAGCGGAAAUGUUACAAAAUCACCUUCACCAAGAGAGCCAACAGCAGCAACACCUGAUGUUCGAUUGGUUACAGUACACAAGAUAUCAUCCUCCAAAGCUUCCAAGAUCUUUUCGAAGUGGACCAGUGAAAAGAACUCCCGGAAGAUUACCAAGGGUACCAUUUACACCUGCUCAACUUCAAGCCUUAGAAAAUGCAUAUAGCAUUUCGACAUAUCUUAGUUCCGAGGAUGCCAACACCUUGGCCGCGAAGCUGGAUCUUACCAAUACGAGAGUUAAGAUUUGGUUUCAAAACCGUCGAGCUCGAGAGCGUCGAGAAAAACGAGAAAGGGAUUUAAGUUGUGAUUCCACGAUGUCGUCGACAUCGUCAAGUCCUGAACCAGAAGUAAGUACUUACAAUUUCGAAAGAUAA